CUUUAGCAGGCGUCUCAUAAAUUUUUUCACCGUCCGACUGUUUUAAAAUGUAAUACCAUUUUAAAAGUUAUUUAUUCUUUGUUGACUUGAGUUUAUUUAUUGCACACAGGAAGUAAAUGCUAAUUUAAUGAUCUCAAUUCGCAUUGUUUUUUCAAUUAAGACAGUACUCCAUUAAACAAUAUAAAGGGAGUUUUAACACUUAAACGGUCUGUUAAGAAGAAAAGUAACCUUUUGCUUUCCGAGAAUAAAAUCAAGAGUGAAAUAGUUUCUUUGAAAAUAUCUAAAUUCUAAGCGAUAAGAAACGAAAUGAGCGACGAUUCUUCUGCUCCUGAUGAAGAGGAGGUCAUUACAGAUGUAUACAUUUCUCUACUUUCGCGACAUGUCCAUAGAUAUCCCGAAGAUGGAACCCACAAGUCGUGGGUGCUUCCCCGAAUAAUGAUCCUGUUCGCCAGUGGGGAUUUAGACGAAGUAACAAAGAUUAUUGUCGAAGAUAUGCAUCAUCCGAUUGGAAGCGGACUGGUGGCUUCUGUUCUCGUAGAGGAAUCGAUAAGAGACGAACUGAUAAAGAAUAUUCGUAAGAACUUAAAACCGAUGGAUAAGCGCAUUCAGCGACAUCCGAAUUAUUUGAAAUCGGUCAAGCUCAUCGAUCGUUUGAACUGCUCAACAAUUCACAUCGAGAAAUUCGAGGAGUCAGAUGUGAAAAAGCGAUAUGGUCACAGGAAGAAAGGUUCUCCAAUAAUAGUUCUGGACUUUCCGCAAUAUUUUUUCGGUGAUAAGCCAUCGGCUGUAAUGACUUUAAGUACUUUCAGAAACCUCAAUGAAGUGGUGAAACUUUACAAGCGGGAGGGCCUGCACUUCGAUUCAGUUUCUGUGUGGACAGCCAAGUUGGCACAGGGCUUCGAUUUGGUGACCAGAAUUCCUCAAGCUGAGCAAUGGUUUUUCAACUGCGUCAACGAAAAUCUCAAAUUACCAAAACUGCCCGCUCAACCCGUUUCUGGAGUUUCAGUCAGUCUAAAUGUUCACUAUGAGAUUCAUGUCGUUAAUGGCAAAGUCAAGACAAUUGCGUUUCCCAUCGCCCCGCCAAAUAUGUAUUGAAUUAAAAGUCUUUCAAUACGGCAA